AUGGUAUACGGUUGUGCAAACUCCUGUGUGAAGUUCUUAUUCUUCGUCGUAAAUCUUCUCAUCUGCGUCUUUGGUGCCCUCAUAUUUGGCUUUUCCCUAUGGGCAAAUCUUGACAAGAAUUUUGGCUCACAUAUUGCUGAUUUCGUACGUAAGGUAGACGGUGCUGAUCAUACACAUAUCGAUGAGAUUUCUAAGUAUCAAGCGUCGCUAUGGAUUUUGGUAGGUGUUGGUGCGUUGCUGUUCUUUGUUGGAUUCCUUGGAUGCUGCGGUGCAGCUUGCGAAAGUCCAAUUCUCCUAGGACUGUUCUUCUUUAUCGUGCUAAUUCUCACCGCUAUUGAACUUGGCGCGACCAUUUUUGCCAUGUCUAACAGGGAUAAGUUCGUUGAAGCAGUUCAAAAGGUUAUGGAGACGUCAGCGAGCACUCCAGAGCUGCGUAAAAAUCUAAAACCAAUCCAGGACUUGUUUAACUGCUGUGGAGCUACAUCUUCCACAAAACAACGUUUCAUUGAUGAUAAAAUUUGCACUCCAGAGCAGUACGAACUGGCAAGUUCUCUAUACAGAAUUGAUUUAGAAAAAAAAAACAACGAAAAACCCGACUGUUUCGAACGCAUAUCGCACAUGGUGGAGUCUUCUGGUGAAGCCAUCAUUGUAAUUGGUUUCAUUCUUCUUGCCAUUGAAGUUUGCUCUCUUAUAUUUUCGUGCAUCCUCUGCCGUGCUUCUCGCGAAAUUCGUUAUGCUGGUUACUAUGCUUAA